GAUAUUAUGCGGAGUAAGAAGUCUCAGUCCGAGUGAAGCUGUUGCCGGCUUCCAACUUCGCUGGACUCCAUAAAAGCAUGUAUCAACUCUAGCUAGCCAUCCAGCAUGUCCACUUUGGCCCCCCUCAUGUCUUUCUCCUCCAAAGAAAAGGAAAUUGGCACAGUCGAGGUCUUCGAGCACGCACCUAGCCUCCAGUCAGACAUCGACGCCGCGUCAGGCCAAGGUCCCCAGGGGCGGAUCCUUGCCGAGCGGAGGCUGGUUCGUAAACUCGAUGUUAGGUUCCUGCCUAUGGUAACUCUGAUCUACCUCAUGAAUUACAUUGAUCGAAGUGCCAUCACGACAGCGAGAUUGAAGGGGCUUGAGGAUGACUUGGGCCUUACGGACCUCCAGUACAACAUUAUCCUUUCGAUUCUCUACGUCACCUACAGUCCAUCUCAAAUUCCAUCUAAUAUGAUUUUGAACUACGUUCAGAGACCUUCACUCUAUAUCGGAGGAUGUGUUGUCGCCUGGGGUGUUGUUAGCGCACUCACAGGAGUUACACACUCCUUCAAGGGAAUAGCUAUAUGUAGACUUUUCUUGGGAAUUCCAGAGGCUGCAUUCUAUCCAGGCACCAUCUAUCUGCUUUCAAGCUGGUACACGAAAAAGGAAUUGGCCUUCAGGUCUGCUAUUCUUUAUUCUGGUCUUUUGAUAUCAAACGCAUUUGGCUCUUUGAUGGCAGCUGGCAUCCUUGGACAAAUGGAGGGAGUCCGGGGCAUCAGAGCUUGGAGAUGGCUUUUCUAUAUUGAAGGGGCUGUCACUAUCUCUGUGGGGUUCAUGAGCAUGUGGUUGCUACCCGACUACCCCCGCAACACGCGAUGGAUGUCUCUAGAAGAACGCCGACUUGCCCAAGUGCGUCUUGCUGAAGAUGCCGGCGAGGCCGACAAAGACAACAAUGAAGACUCGGUUCUCUUUGGGUUGAAACUAGCGCUGAAGGAUCCUCGGGUAUAUGCAUUCUGCCUUAUGAAUGUCGCACACACUUUGGGACUGAGUUUCACCAACUUCUUUCCCACACUUACACAGACUCUUGGGUUUUCAACCACUAUUUCAUUACUUCUUUGCGCUCCACCUUGGAUCCUUGCCGCUGUGGUGUGUUUGUUCAAUGCGUGGCAUGCAGACCGAACCGGUGAACGGUUCUUCCAUAUUUCGGGCUGGUGGUGGGUUGUCAUGACGGGUUUUGUCGUUGGUCUUUCGACCAUGAAUACUGCGGCUCGUUAUGUGUCGCUAUUUUUCAUGGCUUUGGGACUCGUUGGCUCCUCUAUAACUAUCGUCUGGGUAUCUAAUUCAGUUCCCCGGCCGCCAGCGAAGCGCGCGGCUGCGAUUGGCAUGGUCAAUGGCAUCGGGAACCUGGGUAGUCUUAUAGGAUCAUAUACUUGGAAAGCCGUUUGGGGACCUGAGUACCACAAGUCAAUGUUAAUUUCUCUUUUUGCAUUAGUUUUCAGUACCGCUUUGUCGUUUUGUAUUCGUCUGAGUCUUGUACACGAGAAUAAGAAAUUGGACGCCAAUGACAAUACAAACGUUGACAGCGCACGAGUAGAGGAAGCUGCUCGACUAGAAGGCAUCACCUACGAGCAAGCCUUAAAGAAGAGGAGGGGGUUCCGAUAUUUGUAUUAGCCAUCAGGAAACACUGGUAGUAUAUAGAUCGACAACACGCAUAUGCGAUGUAUUUCGACGCGAUUCUCAAGCAAUUUCAGCUUCUUAGCCGUUCUCCGGUGGCGAGAGCGCUCAUCACGUA